AUGGAUCCGAUAACAGGCUUACCUUCCGCUCACCGAGAAGGCGUUACUACAGAAUCUCAUGAUUGGACUCUGGUGAAAGCUGUAGACCUCGUUGCUAAUCAGGAUGUUAUUGUCAUCGACGGAGAUACUCCUAUAGAGGAGUCCUGCGAAAUCUUGAUAAAAAACAAUCUUUCGUCAGCUCCAGUGUACGAUUCGUCCACAAAAUCGUAUGUAGGAAUGUUCGAUUGGGCAGACGUUAUGACAUACUUGCUGAUUGUCUUAAAGAAGAAGGAUGCUUUCGAAUUGGAAAAAAAAAGCAAGGAAGAAUUGAGUGAUGAAUUCAGAAAGCUCUUGAGAUUAGCUUUACAGUGUCAGCCUAUUCCAGUUAAACUAGCUUCAGAUAUAUCGAACAAGAAUCCAUUUUAUUCUGUGCUUCCCGAAACUUCUCUGUUUCAGGUAACAGAACUCUUUGGAAGCGGAACCCAUCGAGUGGCUGUUAUGGAUGCCAAUAACCAUUUGAAAGGGAUACUCACUCAAUCGAACGUUGUGUCAUAUCUAUACGAUAACGCGCGUCAAUUUCCAGAGAUUGAGAAAGUACUCACUAAGACUAUUGAGGAGCUCGGCAUAGGCAAAAGUGACGUAAUUUCAGUGAAUUCGGAUUCAUUUGUGCUCGACGCACUGAAAAUAAUGAGGGAAAACUCGUUGAGUUCCACGGCUGUAGUCAAUAGUGGUGGUGUGCUCUGUGGGAAUAUCAGCAUGUCUGAUAUUAAAUACAUACUUGGCAGUUAUCGUCAUUCACUUCUGUGGCGGACAUGUCAACAAUUCAUUAGCCAUGUGAGAAGCAGGCAAGGGAUAGAUGAUGGACAGGAUCGAUAUCCUGUUUUUGAUGUCCGUCUGUCAAGCACGCUAGGCCACGUUGUUGCCAAAUUAAUGGCGACGCGUGCUCAUCGUGUCUGGGUAGUAAAUGAGACGACAAAUGCAAUUGGUGUGGUUAGCCUGACGGAUGUGCUUAGUAUAUUCGCUCGUCAAGCAGGUGGAACUGCAGAACCAUCUAGGAAAAGGCUUAGUGAUAGUUCGAAUCCAAAGUCCUCUGAGUAA